AGGAAACCAUCUCGAACACACUCAACCUUGCCGGUCCUUCAGUCAGCUUCUCUCUCACAAUGAAUGACUCAAUUAGAAUAGUCCUCUUGGGAAAAACCGGAGCAGGGAAAAGCAGCCUGGCCAACACUAUAUGUGGAGAUGAGCUGUUCUCCAUCAACCAUACCAUCAGCUCUGAAACAAGGGAGUGCAAAGCCAUAACCAGGCCUGUCAGUGGGAGGAACCUUACAGUCAUUGACACCCCAGGUUUCUUCGACACAGACCAGCCAGAGGAAGACCUGAAGCCUGAGAUAUUGAGGUGUAUCACCGAGUGCGCUCCUGGGCCUCAUGUUUUUCUACUUGUUCUCAAAGUGGAAAAAUUCACAGAGCAUGAGCAGGCGGUUAUUGAGAAAAUCUGCACAUAUUUCUCUGAAGAUAUUCUUAAGUACGCUGUGGUGAUCUUCACCCAUGGCGACCAGCUGCCUGAUGGGAUAAAGAUUGAGGAUUUUGCUGCUAAUAACAACCUUGUGAGUGAACUGGUGAAGAAGUGUGGUAACCGCUGCCAUGUCAUGGACAACAAAUACUGGAACAGACACCAACAAGGUGAAUACAAGAGCAAUAAGCUCCAGAUGGAGAAGCUGCUUCAAACAAUUGACACAAUGAUAAAGGAGAACCAGGGCAACUGCUACACCAAUGACGUUCUGCAGGCAAUGGAGCAGGAAAUAAAUAGAGAGGAGCAGAACAUUCGAUUGGUUCAAGAAAAUCUAUCAAAUGCAGAGAUCAGAGAAAGGGCAAAGAAAGAAGUUUUAAGAAAGCUCCUCAUCAACUUCACAGCUAUUGGAGUAGGUACUUUGUUAGGAGCGCUUUUUGGCAUGGUAGUCAUGGUUGGAGCAGUCCUUUCUAUUUUAAAGAAAUCUUCCCAUCCAGUAACCCUGAAGCAGGCAGUAGGCAGAACAAUUGCAGCUACAGCAGGGGUAGCGGUUGGAACAGGAGGAGCAGCACUGGCAGGAGGUGUUGUACCAGCAGCAACAGCUUUGAGCAUUACAGGAGCAUGUGCAGCAACAGGAGCAGUUAAAGGGGCUUUAAUUGGAUACGAUGUGGCCGAAGAAGCUAAGAGUCCAAAAGAAGCUGCCCUGCAAACCGCAGAGGCUGUGAAGUAUGAAGCACAGGUUCAUUUAAAUAAGGUCAGCCAAGUUUGGAAUAAAGCAAUGACAACAAAAUCCAAAACAUCAGAGGAAGAAGAGGCUGCUCUGCUUGAUGAAGAACUGAAAACAAACUAGCUGGAAGGUUUAUUAUCCUGACAUAAAGAUCUGAACCUUCAGUUUAAUGUGAAAAUGUAUUGUUCACAUUAAACUGAACAAUACAUUUUUUCCCAUUCCCGGGAUUAAACGAUAAACUGUUAAUCUGAUCAGUUUAGAUGAAACAUCAUUGAAAAACACAAGUUUGCUUAAUCUGUGUUAUUAUGUUAAUUUCUGUUACUACCUGCUCAACUGCUUUUCCAAUAUUGUUCAUUUUUUUUCUACAAUUAUAUCAUGUUGGAAUGUAUAAGACUGUGAAUUCAUAAACAAUUUUGGU